UUUCUUGUUAUUGGGUCUCGUGACAGGCGCUGCAGCAGGACAGCAGCCUGAACUAAGGGGAGAGGAGCAGUCUCCGUGUUUUCACUUACUUACAGCUACUCUUACUCCAGUCUGGCAGCGCACCGGCGCUUCUCUGUAGCUUCAACUUCAAACAAACAGCCUGGUGUCACCAAGUUCACACUAUAGUGAUUGAACCUGGAGCUUCUGUCAUGAUGAACGUGUCCCAGACGCUGGAAACAGAGGAGGAUUACCUCACAUGUGUCCACAUCAAGUUCUACCACCCUCAGCAGAGCCGCCGGGGCCUCUACGGGCUUCUCCCCCUGGGGACGAGGAGCGUGCACGCGGCAGACGAGCCCCUGAGGCUGGGCCGCGACGCCCAGGCCUGCAGCUACGCCCUGGCCGACCCCAAGGUGUCCCGCAAGCAGCUGGCCCUCCUGGCCUACAGAACGCCCCAGAGCCCAGGCAUGCUGUUCACCGUCCAGAACCUGAGCCAGCGGGGGCGGCUGUCGGUGAACAGCACGGCGCUGGGCUUCCUGGAGAGGAUGGACCUCCCGGAGAAGGCGCUGAUCCGGUUCGGAGACUAUGAAGUGCUGAUCCUGCGCGAGGCCGGCGAGGCCAAGGGGAGCUUCGAGGUGGAGUUCGAGGUGCUGGAAACACCUCCAUCUAGGGAGACGUGCGCGUGUGUGCCCAGCAUGACGCCCAUCAUGGACACGGGCUUCUGUCUGAUGAAUGGCUUUACAGAUGGGGUCAGGGCCCUCGGGCCUCUGGAGACUGAUGAGACCCUCAUAUAUGACAAUUGAUGAACUGUCAGUGCCCUGUGAAAUACUGUGACUUGGUUAUUGUAGACUGACUAGCAGUUGUAGGCAGUGUGUAUGGCUGUGCAGUUGUUACAUAUAGUACAAUCCUAGUAUUACUUUGUAUUAAUAUUAUUACUCCAUAUAUAUAUAUAUAUGUAUAUUUUCAAAACUGUGAUCAGUAGCAUCUCCUUUAUUACACCUGUAUAUCUGCUGUAUUUAUAAAUGCAUGUUGUACAUUGAUUGUUUGUGUAUUUUUCACUUUAAUAAACACUUGUUAACAUCA